UAUACGUAUUUCACGCAGAAAAUACGCUUUUACACGCAUACAUUUUCUUCUCUACAUUUAUCGCGAUAACAGUUGGUGUUAUCGUAAAGGAAAAUUAUACACAGAACUGCUUCGAUAUUUACACUCUGUGUGAUGAGUUUUUUGUUCAACCUUCUAAAGGGUGCCUUUUUGAGAAUGUUGCAGUUGAUUUGGUUUGGAAAACGAAAGAUAUCGAACUCGUUGAGUAUCUACGUGAAAACUAACACGGGAAAUACACUCUCCAUUGAUUUGGAUCCGAAAUGGGACAUCAGAAACCUAAAAGAGAUCGUCGGGCCUCAGCUUGGCAUAUCUCCCGAAGAUAUCAAGAUCAUAUUCGCUGGUAAAGAGUUGCACAAUUCCACUAUAAUAGAGGAAUGCGAUCUUGGUCAACAAAGUAUUUUGCAUGCCAUAAAACUUCCCCCUGGAAAAAACCGCCUUAAUAGAAAAAAGGAUACCCAAAAUCUUAUCGAAGAAUCUUUAGAUGAAGGAUCGGAAGCAAAUGAAAGUGGAAGCAAACCUCUGAACGAAACUUUGAUCGACUUACCAUUGGACGACUCUGAUCGUCAGGAAAAUCACAUCGAGCAGGAGCAGCAACAAGCCCGUGCCCAUUUUUACGUUUACUGUUCGCUGCCAUGUAAAUCAGUGGAGGCAGGAAAGCUGAGAGUUAGAUGCGCGACAUGUGGCAGCGGGGCUGUGACGGUGGAUCGAGAUCCUCAAUGUUGGCCUGAUGUACAGCAGCCUCAUAGAAUAACUGUACAUUGUGAGAAUGACGAUUGUCAGACGUUGCUGUCUUCCUUAGCACAGAAGGAUGAAGGUACUCCUCAAGUGAGAUAUGCGCAGUUUUAUUUCAAGUGCGCCAAUCACGCGAGUCUUGGAGAAAAAGAUGAGGCGGUACCGCUUUAUUUGAUCAAACCAAAUCUGAGAAAUGUACCUUGUCUGGCUUGCACUGAUACGAGGGACACGGUACUGGUUUUCCCUUGCGAGGCUGGACAUGUGACCUGCCUCGACUGCUUUCGAGACUAUUGCGUCGCUCGUCUGCGGGAUCGUCAGUUUGAGUUUGAAGAUAACCACGGAUACUAUACCUUGCCAUGUCCUGCUGGUUGCCAAAAUUCGCACAUAUCCGAAGUUCAUCACUUCCGUCUUCUCUCACCCCAGCAGUAUGAGCAAUACCAACGAUUCGGAACUGAGGAAUACGUUUUAAGGGCAGGAGGGCUUCUGUGCCCACGGCCAGAUUGUGGAAUGGGAAUUAUUCCACCUGAUCAGACUGAUGAGGAGCGUAGUCGAUCACCGGAUGAGGACGACUGUCGGAGAAUUCAAUGUAUCGGUGGUUGCGGAUAUGUUUUCUGUCGCCGAUGCCUGCAAGGUUUCCAUGUAGGUGAAUGCGACUCACAACAGCCCACAUCGUAUUCUUCUACCUCCGCCGUCUCUUGUCCUUCAGGCUAUGCAAUUGAUCCUCUCCGAGCUAGCGAGGCCAAGUGGGACGAAGCGAGUAAGAAGACCAUUCAAAUAUCGACGAAACCAUGCCCGAAAUGUAGAACGCCGACCGAACGAGACGGUGGCUGUAUGCACAUGGUUUGUACAAGAGCUGGCUGCAGUUUCCAGUGGUGCUGGGUUUGUCAGACUGAAUGGACGAGAGACUGUAUGGGAAGUCAUUGGUUCGGAUGAUGUUCUAAAACAAUGUAUAUCAUCAGCAAUUGUAUAUACUAUGAUGGAUUCAGGUUAAUGCAACUUCGAAAGCCAGGUAAUAUUAAUUGUGAUAGGUAUUUACCUACGUAGUUAAAUAAAUUGUUUUUCUUUUCAA